CUCACUUGCUCAAGGUAGACCAACAAGGUAGGGGUGCAUUUAUUGCGUUAUCGAUCUUCCAUGUAGUAAGUUAUCUCAUCGAUGUAAAUCGAAAAUGCAAAUGAAGGUCUCCUGUAAGUGGUUGAAUCUGCUUCUGUUGUGAUAGGUAAACAGGGGUGGAACCGGAAGCGAUUCGAGCGGUUAUCUAUACUUGGAGUGGUUCUUCAUUCUGCUGCUCAUUUGCGCUACCCAUGCCUCAUGUACGUUUCGUAUCAAUUAGUUGUUCACAGUUGUAUAAUUUACUACUAGCUAUCGGGUCCUAGCACGACUCUACUUUUUCUCUCCUGGCUCUGCUCUCGUCUGUUAUGUCAGACAGUGAGGAUCUUUUGAUCAAGCGGCGGCAGAAGCGCCGUCGCGUUGUGGCCGACAGCGAGGACGAGGACGAGGAUCUUCCGCCUGCACCUCGACCAGCGAAAAACGACGCGCAAGAGGUACACCAGCACCAUCCAGACCGACUACCGACCCCCGGCAAUGGUACUAGAAGUGCUGCGCUAGACGCGCCGGCUAGUUCCAGCACCGCUAGCAGUAGAAGUUGUACGACUACUACAACCCUCGCCGCGGCAGGGGCAGCUGCAGGAGCCCCUCCUGGGGGUAAUUGCACGAGUAGAGGAGCAUCAAGUUCCAACCUGCAAUUCGCUGCACAAGACAUGAGAAUAGAGCAUCAAUCGGUACAACUAUCGCCUCCGUCGCUGUUGGGCCAGGGGCUAACGAACCUCCUUGCGGGGUUGGAGGGACCCCCGCCGGAAGAGGCAAUGGCAGCAGCGCCGUCCUCCUCGUCGUCGGGGCCAAUGGUUGAUAUGAUAAGACCUGUUGCACCAGCUCCAGCAGCCGCCGGGGGCCAAGUCUCGUUUCCGCCAGAAUCUUCUGCAGCACGACUACAGCAAGAAAAUGCAGCCACUGUUCCACAUCAACAAGCACAAAACGGCACACUAAUACAUGGAAUGGUAAAUAAGGGAAAAGGUAAAGGAAAAGUGAAUGGCCAGGUAGUUGUACAACAACGAAAUGGAAAUUUUCAAGUUCCCGGAGAUCGUGGAGCACAGUAUCAAGCAGCUCUACAACUUCAGCAGCAGCAGCAGCAAGUUCCUGUGCAAACAAGUGGCCGAGCAGGACCUCGACUCACCCAGCAGCAGAUGCUGGAGCAGCGACAGAGGCAGCAGCAACUGCUGCUCGCCCAGCAGCAGCAAUUUGCGCAGCACCAGCUGGCGUUGCGGCGGCAGCAACAAGUCGCAGCUUCUGGGUCAGGACGACCCCACGUUCAUCAUUUUGCACCAGACCCAGUGCACCAGCUGGCCGCCCCCGCGCCCGCUGCUCCCGGUGGCCAGAAGAGGAAGAAGCGAAAACAGCAAGCGAACCACGGUUCCGACGAUGAGUAUUCCCCUCCCUCGGCCUCCUCCUCCGACGAAGAGGACCCAGAGUACGACAGCCGCGCGGUGCGAAAACAGCGCAAACAGCAGCAGAAGCAGGAGCAGGAGGCGAAGUCGUGGCAGGCGAGUGUGGACAAGAUGCGCAAGACGGCGAGCCACGUGGUCUUCUUGGUGCAGAAGGAAUUUGCGAAAACCCAAAGCAUCCACGGCUUCGCGCGGGUGAAAAAGGCGAUCGCGAAGGGGCGCACGAAUUUGGUAGAAAAUUGCAACGACGCGGGGUUCGUGACCCAGAACAAGAUUUCACUUGUUCCGACGACCAGUGCUGGCAACACAACUGGAACGACGAGUAAUGGGGCAUCUUCAAGUACUGCUACUGCUGGUGGUGCACCCUCCACCUCGCUUCACGACCCAGGAGCAUCUUUAACGACGGGUACAACAUCUGCAAACACGAGCUACGGCAAGUUGAAGGACUACCAGAAGGUGGGCGUCCGCUGGCUCACGACGCUGACGAACGCCGGCUACGGCGGCAUCUUGGCGGACGAGAUGGGGCUGGGCAAAACCGCCCAGAUUCUCACCUUUCUGGAGCUCCAGAAGUUCCGCCAGGGGCCGCGCAUGGGCCCCAUCCUCGUGUGCGCGCCGAUGUCGCUCCUGCGAAACUGGGAAUUGGAGGCGGAAAAGUGGACCGGCAUGCGGGUCUUCCGCUACCACAGCUCCAGCCAGAAGGAACGGUGGCAGCAGGCCGCGGAGUACAUUCGGGAGGUGAACAACCACAUUCGGCAACACGGUGAGGACGCGGGGAAUCUGUACGACAUCAUUCUGACCACCCAACACGUGCUGGCGAGUCGCGAGGACCGGAAGGCCUUCCUGAUGCAGCUGCGCUUUUCCUACUUCGUCACGGACGAGGCGCACUUUUUGAAGACCACGAACACGAAGCGGGUCCAGGAGAUGCACAAGAUCAAGGCGGAGAAGCGGAUCCUGCUGACCGGCACCCCGAUCCAGAACAGCCUGAACGAGCUGUGCAACCUGCUCUGGUUCUGCAUGCCCAGCGUUUUUUCCGCCUUGACCGAGCUGGACACCGCGAAAGACAAGAAACUCAAGCUCAACUGGCUGCAGAACCUCUCCUCCGCCUUUCUCCUCCGCCGGCUGAAGAGCGACGUGCUGAAGGAUUUGCCGAACAAAAAGGUGUUGGUGUUCGCGACCGACCUGACGGCGUCGCAGAAGCUGCUGUAUCAGAAGGAGAUCGCGGAGUUCCAGGGCAGCAGCGGGUCCGUGGUCUACAGCUACGGCACAACAACCUCGAGCGUAGCUUCCGCCUCCUCCUCCAGCGCUUGUAGUUCUGCCCUGCUGUCUCCCCCCGCGGACACCGCGAGCUUGAGCUCCAGUGCGAGCAGCGCGAGCAGCUCGCUGGUGAAGCCAGCACAUCACCACCGGGGCGUGACCACCCGGAGCGCGCGACAGAAGAUCGCUGCGAAUAUUAAAGCGACAUCAACGAGCUCUAAUACAGCAGCCAUCUCGACGACGUCCGGGAAGCACCUGCUGCCGUUGGGCAAGCAGAACCAGCUGGACAAGGGCACCGCGACGGCCUUCAAAAACAUCUACUCGCGGCUCCGCCGGAUCUGCGGCGCGCCGCUGCUGGCGCAGACCAAGUUCACGGAGCAGCAGUACACCGAGCUGGCGCAGUUGCUGCUACCCAAACGGGACGACUUCCUCAAAGCUGGGUUGCAGAAGAUCGAGAAGCAGGUGCGCCAGUGGUCGGACUUCGAGGUGCACAACGCGGCGAAGUGCUUUUACCUGCCCUACCCGUACCGCGCGACCGCGGAGGAGAUAUGCGCCGGCGGGAAGAUGCAGGCCUUGCUGGCGCUGCUCGAGGAGCGGCAACAGGAGAAAACGUUGGUGUUCUCCCAGUACACGCAGUAUCUCGACGUGAUCGAGGAGGCCCUGCUGCUCAAGGGGUUCAAUUACGUGCGGCUCGACGGGUCCACGGCCAGUGAAGACCGCCAGCAACUCGUGGAAGAUUUUUCGACAUCUGCUACUGCGCACGCUCCUCAAGAUGGAGAACUUCCGGCGGACAAGGGGAACGACCUCGGCGGGGCGGCGGCGCAACUACAACAACCAGGACCCGUCGGAGCCGCUGCGGCAGUAGUACCGGUGGUCAAUGCACCAGAGAAGAAACCAGUGCAGGUGUUCCUCCUGUCUACCAAGGCGGGCGGGGUCGGGUUGAACCUCGUUGCGGCCGACAUGGUCGUGUUGAUGGACAUGGACUACAACCCGCAGAACAAUUAUGGGAGUGUCAGGAUUGAAAUCGUCAGCGUUGAAAUAGUUUGUCAUGCAUAAAAUGCAUGACCCGAGGCACGUGUGUUGCAGAGCAGACAAGUGAGGCCGAUUGUAAGCCUGUUUGGGGUUAUAGCUCGAGCUGCUAAAGUAGCAUGAGAAAAUCGCUCUUCUUUGCCUAAACAGCAUGACAAAGUGGAUUUAGGGACCACCGAAAUUUGUCUUGCGCCACUUGGAAACUGGGCCCCAACUGGCCUUCAUUUUAUGCAUGACAAAUUAUUUCAACUUUGUCGAUUUCAACUCUGACACAUCCAUAACAAUCGGCAGGCCGAAGACCGGGUGCACCGCAUGGGCCAGCAGCGCGACGUCACGAUCGUUUACAUGCUCACGUUGAAAACCAUCGAGGAAAAAGUUUUGGAAAUCAACCUGCGCAAAAUGAAGCUGGACGCUGCUUUUGGUGGGGUCAAUGCGCUCGCCAAAGCCGCGGAGGGGAUCAGCACCGAGCCUGGAAGUAGUAGUGGUACCACGACGAUGUUGAAAACAUCGAAUUAUAACGGGAGCAGUGCUGUUGACCCAACAGCGGGCGGGGCCCCAUGUCCAGGCGGAGCUGGACGUCAUCUAGCAACACCCGGAACACGACCUCAGCACAUCAACGAUCCUACUCUUGGUCAUCUCGUCGUCCCUCAUCGUCACACGACGGACAGCCCUGCUCAGGAAGCUGCGGGGGCUGUCGUCCCAUCUUCCUCGCAAAUAGCACAGCAUCCCCGUAGUGGGCCACAGUCUACUGUGCAGCUGCCCGGUGCAUCCCCAGUUUCCCCGCGGGUCGAGGACGAUCGCGCACCAGAAGACGUGGAAAAGGAGAGCCUGCUGGAGCUCAAAAACUCGUUCGCGGUUCUCGAUGAGAGCGGUCGCGGCGAGGAGGUCUUGAAGGAGGAAGCAGCGUCGUGCAAGGUCGCCUUCGUGUCCUCAGUAAAGGACUUGCUGGGAUGAGGAAGCAGGUCGUUCAGUAGUAUUUUUCUACUUUCUUACCCCCAUAGACACAGACAGAGUUAGUGUUAGAUUCAGAUUGAGACAUCAAAGUAUGUACCCUGCCGGACCAACGAGUGGCUCUAGGAUUUGUCAUGCUGGAAUGACAGUAAUAUGAAAUAUGGACGACGAUGAAGAUGCAGGGUCUAUUCGUUCCAUUUCUAUAUUCUAUUCAGCCCUUGAAUCUUUUUGCAACAACCAGGCAAAAUCAAUGAACGAGAUGUGUCCGAUGCAACAGAUUAAAAAGGUCAAAUUCAUCAAAGUCGCGCAAUCAAAACAUACACACAGAAAUCGAAAAUGGAUUGCGUGUGGUCUUGUCACGGCGGAGAAGUAGACGCC